AUGGAGAAGUCCAGCAGUGAGGAGUCAGCCAUUCACCGUAGCCCCUCCGUAGACAGCCGUGAAUCCGAUUUUGCCCAAGCCUCCACGUCUGGCCGCCCGUUUGGCAGCCGCGGCUUCACUGCCGGCGCCUUCUACGGCUCCACGGGGCCACGCAAAGACGCACAGCAGGGCCAGGCUGGAGUGGCAGCUGACCCCAGUGCGGGAGACAAGACCAACAACAAGUACAGCUCACCCAAAGGCAGCAAAUACGUGGUCUUUUACCUGGAUCUAUCCUUUGUGUUCCUUUUAGAAUUCAAGAAGUGCAACAUGGCAAGGGGCUGCCUCUGCUGCUUGAAGUAUAUGAUGUUCAUCUUCAAUCUCAUCUUCUGGUUAUGCGGCUGUGGGCUGCUCGGCGUGGGCAUCUGGCUAUCCGUGUCGCAGGGCAGCUUCGCCACCUUCUCGCCCUCGUUCCCCUCGCUGUCGGCUGCCAACAUGGUCAUCGCCAUCGGCGCCAUCGUCAUGGUAACGGGCUUUCUCGGUUGCCUGGGUGCCAUCAAGGAGAACAAGUGCCUGCUUCUGAGCUUCUUCAUUGUCCUGCUGAUAAUUCUCCUGGCAGAGCUGAUAUUGCUCAUCCUGUUCUUUGUGUACUCAGAUAAGGUGAGUGAGAACGCCAAGCAGGAUCUGAAGGACGGGCUGGCUCUCUACAACUCAGAAAACAACAUAGGCCUCCGAAACGCCUGGAACAUCAUCCAGGCCGAGUGGAAGUGCUGCGGUGUGAUAGCAUACACCGACUGGCACGAGGCCCUGAAGGAGAAGGUGGUGCCUGACCGCUGCUGCCAGGAACAUUACCAGAACUGUGGGCAUAACUCCACAAACAUGUUCUGGAACAGGGGCUGCUUCGAGAAAGUGGAGGAAUGGCUGGAUGACAACAAGCACCUGCUGGGAACCAUAGGCAUGGUCAUCUUGGUAGUGCAGCUCCUGGGCAUGGCGUUCUCCAUGACGCUGUUCCACCACAUCCACAGGACAGGGAAGAAGUACGAUGCUUAG